UUAGCUUCGAAGCUUCGCUCAAGAGCGGACUGCAACCUUAAUAUCACGGUGGCAGCAGGAAGACGUUGUUAGCCGUGGUUAGCCAUCUCUCCUCCGCGGUGUUGGUCCUCCGUCUGCAAUUUCAAAAGCACCACCCAGGUCCCGACAAACCAAAUGGCAUCCUCAGCUCAGCCAAACACGGCUGCCUCGCCGGGCGCGCCGUUGCCGUCGUCAGACAGCUCGCCGCCCGCAUCCCCCGUUCUCGAGGGCCGAUACUCUCCAGAUCUGCCCCUCACGAUGAAUGCGUCCACCGUCUUGAUGGCACUGCCUCGUGAUGCCUCAGCCGCUCUCGCCGCUGCUGGAGCCUUCCCGCAGGAGAAGAUCGUGGUGCGCUUCAAGCCCGUGGGCUCGGCGCCUCCGAUACCGCGGGAGCUGGUCAAGGUCGCCAGCGAACAUAAAUUUGACUUUGUUGUGAACUAUAUGAGAAAAGCUCUCAAACUCACCGAGGCUGAGAGUGUGUUUCUCUAUGUGAACAGCGCCUUCGCCCCAGCACUUGAUGAGGUCGUUGGCAAUCUAUGGAGGUGUUUCAAGGACUCAAACAACCACCUCAAUGUCUCAUACUCCAUUACCCCGGCAUUUGGGUAGCGAGCCACCGGUUGCCUCACCUUCUCUCAAGGGUCGGGAUCUCGGCUGGGCCGUCAACGCUGUGACCGUCCUGAUUUAUGAGAUGAAUAAGACUAACAUGAUGGUA